AUGGAGUUCCAAACCAUCCUCGCUGUCACUCUCGCCCUCUUCCAGGGUGGAUUGGUGCCCGGACUUGGUUCUCUCAAGAAGCAGGUGACUGCUGCUGGCAGCAACACCAUGGAUCUAGCUAUUGCUAUGUUGGAAACUAAUGACAUGAGCACCAACUAUCCUUACGGCGACCGCAAACCUGGCGACUCAACUAACUUCGGCAUCUUCAAACAGAACUGGUACAUGCUCCACCACUCUGUGUCGAAGUUCCAAGGCCAGUCUGUGUCCCAAGUCAGCAACGGUGCUACUUUGAACAAGGACCUCCGCAAGGAUAUCAAGGCUCACCCCGACGGCUACACCGAUGCCGUUAAGUGGAUUAAGAGACAGAUUGAGAAUAACAAGAAGUACCUACUCGAAGACACUCGCUUCUGGGCCGAUGUCAUUGCCAUCUAGGCGAUGUGGCAGAGUAAAAAAGCCUAUGCCGAGGUGUGGAUGGGCAGAUGUGUAGGUGUACUUGUCACGGAUAUGGUGCGUGGCGUGUGGCUUGAUAUAUGUGAAAGUGGGAUCCGUUGCUACAAUAGCAAUAUAACUUUUAUUAUUGCUACUUCUUAUGUACAAUAGCUAGUGCGUGGGCCAAUAUGUACCGGUGUGGGAUAAAAGGCCAACAUGUUGUCUAGCAGGUAGUA